UAUUGCUAUGUUUGCUUCCGUUUGGUUCUUAAACGCUAAACCAUAGACAGUACUCUGUAAGUAAACGGUUUCCGUAAUGAAUAUGCCCCUGCUCGACAGCAAUCAGCGCUUGCACCUUCACCAAAUCAUCGAAUCACAGAGUUUCUAAACCCAGAGGCGCAACAUUACGAGACUUCCGGGAAUGCUGGCUAAACAGACGAGACGGGAAGUCAAGUGAACAAUUAUUAUUUAGUUUUACAUUUUCUCUAAAUCUAAGGCCUAAGGGUUGAAGGCACAACUUAGAUUCACAACUUAGAUUCGAGACAAUGUUUUAAGUAGUCGAACAUGGUAUUACCCCAACCUUGUGAAAGUAACAAACGGACACGUUUUCAUUUUCGUAAAAAACUACUUGAUAUCGAAAGAUUUCCGUUGAUUUGACGGCCUGCACAUGCGGAGUUCGGUGCUAGACGACGGUUAGUCCCGAUUACAUGUUGAUACGCAUGAGCCUUGCGAUCCAACGUCGCCAUGACAUCGCCUACAAGUGUGAUCGGGGAAUUCUAUUGGAGAAGCAGUUUUAGCCUAUCUUCAUACUGUACCGUCUUUGAUCAAAUUAAUUGUCCGGCAAAAGCAUAACGUAGCUAGCUAAAAUGUAUCUCUCUAAAGUAUUACGUUGUUAAUUAUGUGAGUAAUCAAAUGUUUGUAAUUGGCUAUACUUUGCGAUAAAAUAACCAAUUGCUGAAUGACGUCGAUAACUGAUCUAUUUAGCUAGCUAGGCUAGCUUGGUAUCAUUUGUCAUGUACAGCUAAUCAGUUUGUUGGAGAAAGAAAAUGAUAUCUAUCCAAUAGUAUAAUCUACGAUGACGAGAAGAUUGUAGUGUGGAAACCAUGAAAAGAUCUAGAAGUGUUGGUGCGUCUUCACCUUUGAAUGGGAUUGGGAAACAAGAUGGGGACUCCAGGAGGAAGAGGAAGUUGGCGGAGAUCUCUCAGGCCCUGAACGUGACGCCAGUUGACGUGGCAGUGCUUAGGAGGAUGGCCAUCAGCGAGGGGGGGCUGCUCACUGAUGAGAUCCGCUGUAAAGUGUGGCCACGGCUGCUCAACGUGCCCACCGACAUCCUGCCUGAGAAACUAGAGGAAGUAGAGCGGGAGAAUAAUAAGGACUAUAACCAGGUGCUGUUGGAUGUCCAGCGUUCCCUGCGAAGAUUUCCUCCUGGCAUGCCAGACGAGCAGCGUGAGGGCCUCCAGGAGGAGCUGAUUGACAUCAUCCUGCGGGUGCUGGGAAGGAACACUCAGCUGCACUACUACCAGGGCUACCAUGACAUCGUGGUCACCUUCCUGCUGGUGCUGGGUGAGCGGCUUGCUACCGCUCUGGUGGAGAAACUCUCCACGCACCACCUCAGGGACUUUAUGGACCCCACCAUGGACAACACUAAACACAUCCUUAACUAUCUGAUGCCAAUCAUCGAGAGGGUCAAUCCAGAGGUGCAUGACUUCAUGCAGCAGGCAGAGGUGGGCACCAUCUUUGCCCUUAGCUGGCUCAUCACCUGGUUUGGCCAUGUCCUGUCAGAUUUCCGACACGUCGUGCGGUUGUAUGACUUCUUCCUGGCCUGCCAUCCCCUGAUGCCAAUCUACUUUGCUGCUGUGAUUGUGCAGUACCGGGAGGAUGAGGUGUUGGACUGUGAGUGUGACAUGGCAUCGGUGCACCACCUCCUGUCCCAGAUCCCCCAGGACCUGCCCUACGAGACGCUCAUCAGCCGCGCAGGAGACCUCUUUGUCCAGUUCCCCCCCUCCGAGCUGGCCAGGGAGGCUGCCCAGCAGUACAGUCAACAGAUGGCGCCCUCCACCUUUAAAGACUUUGAUCUGAACCCGGAGCAGCAGCGGCCGGACACGGUGCUGCGGAGGCGGCGGAGAGAGAAGCAAGCGCUGAAGGGAGCUGCUGCAGGUGCUAUGGUGGCGACCGCCCAACCCACCGCGGCUCGGCGCUUCGUCCGACUGGCCGUCAUGGGGCUCACUGUGGCCCUGGGGGCAGCCGCCCUAACCCUGGUCAACACGGCCCUAGAGUGGGUGCCCAAACUGGACCUACACCUCUUCCCCUGAGAGAGAGAGAGAGCGAAGGGGACUUGUAGGCGAGCGAAGGGGACUUGUAGGCGAGCGAAGGGGACUUGUAGGCGAGCGAAGGGGACUUGUAGGCGAGCGAAGGGGACUUGUAGGCGAGCGAAGGGGACUUGUAGGCGAGCGAAGGGGACUUGUAGGCGAGCGAAGGGGACUUGUAGGCGAGCGAAUGGGACUUGUAGGCGAGCGAAUGGGACUUGUAGGCGAGCGAAUGGGACUUGUAGGCGAGCGAAUGGGACUUGUAGGCGAGCGAAUGGGACUUGUAGGCGAGCGAAUGGGACUUGUAGGCGAGCGAAUGGGACUUGUAGGCGAGCGAAGGGGGCUGACGGCCAUUACAGCAGAAGACAUCCACGGGAAGGGGAGAGAAUAGAGUUCUUUUCCACAUUUUAAUAUGAAGGACAUGAAUGGGACAGAGACUUGACUGUCGACGUUGUAUUUAAUUUAUAUUUGUUAAUAAAAUAACCGAAUGGUGAUAAAUGUUGUGCUGAGAGAGAUUAAACUAUUAGGAGUGAUGGCAAGCGACAACUUGUAGCAAAGACUUAGGUUUCCUAGGUUGAGGAGUUGUCACCGGGGUCGAAACUGCUGUCAAUGAAGAGCGUGUGUAAGAGUGUUGAUGUGUCUGAAAUGGCUCCCUAUGUAGUGCACUGUAUAGGGAAUAGGGUUUCAUUUUAGACAGUCUGUGCGAUCAGGUUCAGGGGUGAGUUAAAUGUCCCUCUGAACCUCACAUGGCACAAGGACAUAGAUCCCGCUAGCCCGCCACUGGCAUGGUACCCCCCCCCCCCCCCCCCCCC